AUGGCACCACAACUUAAAACCGAAGAAAAGAACAUCAUUUGCUCUGCGAAACCCGGUUACCAGUACCCAAACAUUUCCGUAGCAGAAUACAUUGCCAAUCAGGUGACACAGAUUGACGGCUCAGUUCCUGCCAUUCCCAUCUCUGCCAGCCACGCCACUCAAAUGCUGGCCAAAGACUACCCGAAGCAGUUCAAUCUAAGCUCGCUAAUGUUGGUGGUCCACGCCGGCUCCAAGGUGGCGCCCAAUGUCGUAAAUCAGUUAAUGGAGAGAUACGGCGUCAUAUGCCUGGACGUGUACGCCGCCACCGAGUGCAUGGCCGCCGUGGGCGACCGGAAGUGGCCCGACUGGAUGGCCACUUUCCAGUGCGGCAACCUGGGCACCGUCAACGCCAAUGUCGAGCUGAAGAUUGUCGACUUGAAAAACGGCAAAACAGCUUUACCUCGAGGAGAACAAGGAGAAAUCUGUUUUCGAUCAGAAGCCGUUUUUGUGGGCUACCUCAACAAUGAGGCGGCCACAAAGGCGACUAUCGACGAGGACGGCUGGUACCACUCGGGUGAUAUUGGCUACGUGAACGAAGCUGGCGACCUCUUCUACGUCGAUCGCAUCAAAGAGAUGAUCAAGUACCGCCUGUAUACAGUCAUACCUGCGGAGAUUGAAGACUUCCUCUACGGUGUGGAGGGCGUUGAGGGCGUCUGUGUGGUGGGUGUGCCCGAUCCGGUGGACGGGGAACUGGUGAGGGCGUAUGUGCAGCUGAAGAAGGGCGCACAGGUGACGGAGAAGCAGCUGAUCGAUGCAGUGGCGGAGAAUAUGGGCAAUCAGAAGCAGCUUAGAGGUGGGGUGCAUUUUGUGCCGAUAAUGCCCCGAACGAUGAUUGGCAAAGUUGAUAGACAGUACUUUAAGAAUUUGGCAAAGCAGAAGUGA